AGGGAGGUGCAGUGUUAACUGGGCCACUGAUCGACAGCAUGCAAAAGAUGUCAGAGAGAGGGAGCGGCCAGGCGCUGCUUUCUCUCAGCUUGCCGAGAUGGUGCUCGACCCCGCAGGGCAGCAUCUCAGACAUGUUGAAAAGGAUGUUUUGAUCCCUAAAAUAAUGAGAGAAAAAGCCCGAGAGAGAUGUUCUGAACAGGUUCAAGAUUUUACCAAAUGUUGCAAGGACUCUGGAAUCCUUAUGGUAGUAAAAUGCCGGAAAGAAAAUUCUGCAUUGAAAGAAUGCCUAACUGCUCAUUAUAAUGAUCCAGCCUUUUAUGAAGAAUGCAAAAUGGAAUACCUGAAGGAAAGGGAAGAAUUCAGAAAAACUGGAAUUCCUACCAAGAAAAGGCUACAGAAGCUUCCAACAAGCAUGCAGGCAAGUGUUCAGAUACUUAGAAGCUCUGAUACUCACGGAAAUCAUUAUCACCUAAAAUAAUGGACUCAAGGAAGUGCUUGCU